GACUAUCUGCUGUGACCGGAUUAAAAGCCGCUCUCAGAGAUGUCUGCCAGCUGCCCGGGACUUUACCUCCUCCUGACUCUGCUAGGGAUUUGUUCAGGGUCUCGUCUUCGCCAAGAAGACACCCCUCCCCGCAUUGUGGAGCACCCCUCGGACCUCAUUGUGUCCAAAGGGGAGCCAGCCACUCUCAACUGUAAGGCAGAGGGCCGUCCAAUCCCAACGGUGGAAUGGUACAAAGAUGGUGAGCGCGUUGAGACAGACAGAGACAACCCCCGCUCCCAUCGUAUGUUGCUACCCAGCGGCUCCCUCUUUUUUCUGCGUAUCAUCCAUGGACGACGGAGCAAGCCGGAUGAUGGCAGCUAUGUUUGUGUGGCUCGAAACUAUCUGGGCCAAGCAAUUAGUCACAAUGCAUCCCUGGAAGUAGCCAUUUUACGUGAUGACUUCAGGCAGAACCCAGUUGACGUUAUGGUUGCCGUUGGUGAGCCUGCAGUGCUGGAGUGCCAGCCCCCCCGGGGACACCCAGAACCCACAAUUUCCUGGAGGAGAGAUGGUGCCAACUUGGAUGACAGAGAUGAACGCAUUACAAUCCGGAGCGGCAAGCUUAUGAUCACCAACACCAGGAAGAGCGAUGCAGGAAAAUACAUCUGUGUUGCCACAAACAUGGUGGGAGAGAGGGAGAGCGAGACUGCGGAGCUCACAGUGCUAGAGCGGCCAACCUUUGUGAAGCGUCCCAGCAGUGUUGUGCUGUUGGCAGAUGAGAGUGUGGAGUUUCACUGUGUGGUCCAAGGAGACCCUGUUCCCACUGUCCGCUGGAGGAAAGACGACUCUGACCUACCUAAGGGCAGAUUUGAAAUCCUAGAGGACCACACUUUGAUUGUUCGCCAAGUUACCUCUUCAGAUGAGGGCUCCUAUACAUGUGUAUCAGAGAACAUGGUCGGGAAGUCUGAAGCAUCUGCCACGCUCACUGUGCAUGUUUAUUCAGUGCCCCCUGCGUUUGCCAUUCGCCCCAGGAACCAGGCGGUGUCAGUGGGCAGGACGGUCACCUUCCAGUGUGAAGCCACUGGCAACCCGCAGCCUGCUAUUUUCUGGCAGAGGGAAGGCAGUGAGAGUCUUCUGUUCUCAUACCAGCCACCUCAGCCCUUUAGUCGCCUGUCCGUCUCUCAGAUGGGCAGCUUGACCAUCACGGGUGUUCAGCGCUCUGACGCUGGCUUCUACAUCUGCCAGGCUCUCAACAUUGCUGGCAGUGUUAUCACCAAAGCACUGCUGGAGGUUACAGAUGCUGGAUCAGACCACCCUCCUCCUGUCAUUAGACAAGGCCCAAUCAAUCAGACUGUUCCUGUAGACAGCACGGUGGUACUGAGUUGCCAGACUGCUGGCAUACCACCACCCACAAUCCACUGGAAGAAGGAUGGAAUGGUGUUGUCUCCUGUAGACUCUCGGAUGUCCCUAACAGAAACUGGAUCACUGAAGUUCCAUUAUGCUAAACUUGGAGAUUCAGGAUUCUACACAUGUAUCGCCUCCAGUUCAAGUGGAGAAGCUGCAUGGACAGCAUAUUUGCAAGUAGAAGAAUUUGGGGUUGUUGUACAGCCGAGUCAUCCCAAAGAUACUAAUCUGAUUCCCAGUGCUCCAUCUAAACCUGAAGUCUCUGACGUCAGCCACACAUCGAUCACUCUGUCUUGGAAAUCCAAUCCUAAUCCCAGUCCACCACCAGUAUUUUACCUAAUUGAGGCAUUCAGUUAUACUUUAGGUAACAGAUGGGUGACCGUUGCAGAGCAUGUGAAGGCAGAGAACUUUGUCUUGACAAAUCUGAAACCUGGAGCCAUCUACCUCUUCAUGGUCAGAGCAGUGAAUGCUUACGGCCUCAGCGAUCCAAGUCCGAUCUCUGAUUCUAUCAGAACACAUGACAGCAGUUCCACCUUGCAAGGGGUGGACCAUCGUCACAUCCAGAGAGAGCUGGGAGACGUUGUGAUUCACCUGUACACACCGAGUGUGCUGUCAUCUUCUGCUGUCAGAGUCAAGUGGAUGGUAGAGCAGCAGUCACCUUAUAUCCAAGGUUACAAGGUGCUUUACAGGGCGUCUGCUGAGCAUGGCCAGCCUGAGGCCCAGUGGAGUGUCCUGGAGGUGCGUGCUCUGCUGGAGGACGGGGUGGUGAUCAGUCAGCUAAAGAAAGGAGCGAUUUACGAGUUCAAAGUACGACCUUUCUUUGAUGAGUUCCAGGGAGCUGACAGUGAGGUGAAGGUGGUCAGGACGUUAGAAGAAGCUCCUAGGAGAGCACCCCAGGGUGUCACUGUCACAAAGAGUGAUGCCAAUGGGACAGCUAUCAUUGUUUCCUGGAAACCACCCUACGAGGUGGAAGAGGAUGGAGUCAUUCAGGAAUACAAGAUCUGGUGUCUGGGUAACGAGAGCCGCUACCAUGUGAACCAAUCGGUGGAUGGUUUCACCUUCUCCGUGCUCAUUCUCAGUCUGGCCCCAGGAAUUCGCUACAGCGUUGAAGUGGCAGCCAGCAAUGGUGCUGGACCUGGAGUCAGGAGUGAUGCUGCUUUCUUCCAGUUAGACUCCACAGGCCAGAUGAUGGACAUCAGUGACAAAAGAGACACUUUAGCACAGAUCUCGGAUGUGGUGAAGCAGCCGGCGUUUAUUGCCGGCAUUGGCGCCACCUGCUGGUUGACUCAUGAUUUUCAGUGUGUGGCUCUAUCGUCACCGCAAGAAGAGGAGCGGCCUCAGCAGCACUUACACCGGCAUCCGCAAGGUUCCAUCAUUCACCUUUACACCCACAGUUGCAUAUCAAAGAGGAGACUCUGUGUGCGGUGCUGGCAGGGCUGUCCCUCUCAGCAUGGGCGAACCACUGAACCAGCUGUGGCUGCCAGAAAAUUGGCCCAAUGCAUGUGCCAAUCAUAAGGACUGCAGCAUCAACUGCUGCAAUAAUGGCAAUGGCACGAGCGACAGUAACAUGACAACAU